AUGGCAACAUAUGAUGGAGCUGGGAACCCGAGGGAGCAUAUUCUUAACUACAAAACAUUAAUGGAGCUCCAAACUCUAUCGGAUGCCUUGGUGUGCAAGGUAUUCCCCACAAUGCUCACAGGACUAGCGAGGGCAUGGUUUAAUAGUCUGGAGGCGGGAAGCAUUAAGAGCUUCGAGGACCUUGCUAAUAUCUUCAUCAGCUGGUUCAUAGCAAGGGUCCCGGUUGAAAAGAAUACCAGUUAUUUGGAGACAGUUAGACAAAGGAAGAACGAGUCCUUGAGGGAGUAUGUAGCCUAUUUUAAUACAAAAGCCUUGCAGAUCUCGGAGUUGGAUGAAAGCCGGGCUGUGGAGGCCAUGCAGACAGGGACCACGUCCUCUGAGUUCUUUGGGUCAUUGUGCAGAAAGCCACUACCUUAG